ACCUUUGCACCACAGCCUUCCAAUCCAAACGCCUCUCUCUCUCUCGCUCUCUCUCUCUCUCCGAUAGUCCGGUGAUGCUUCGCUAGAUGGGAUGCCAAGAGACGGCAACAUGAGCAGCUGGUGGUGGUGCGGAAAGGAAGCUGCAUACGAGCCACUGGAGAGCAGGGCGAAGGGCGUCGUAGGUGCGGUGCAGUCGUCGACGAAGGCACUCGUCGUCUUCUUCCUUGUGCUUCUUGCUCUUGUUGCUUUCAUCUCUUCAAGAUGGUUCGAUGGCACCACCUUCACCAUGGUAACCUCGUGGGGACAGCAACCUUCCAGGUCUCAUCGACGCCAUCACAGAUCACACUCCAGACGUGUGACCUUAACCUGUCCUAACCAAACAACUGCACAGACGCAGUACUGCAGAAGGUUUACUUAUCCAUCUCCAUCUGUGUCGCCGUCCCCCUCUCCUUCUCCCUUGCCGAUCGCCAGCUCCGAGCCCCCUCCUUCGUGCCCGGACUACUUCCGAUGGAUCCACGAGGACCUCCGGCCGUGGAGAUCGACCGGGAUCACGAGGGAGAUGGUGGAGAGUGCUCAGAAGUUAGCCGCCUUCCGGCUGCUGGUGAUCGACGGCCGAGUUUACGUGGAGCAGUACCACAGGGUGUUCCAGACGCGAGAUCUCUUCACCCUGUGGGGGUUCGUGCAGCUCGCGAACCGGUACCCCGGCUACCUGCCCGACCUCGACCUCAUGUUCAACUGCGAGGACGUGCCGACCGUGAAGGCCGCCGACUACAAGACGUCGCCCCCGCCGCCGCUCUUCCGCUACUGUAAGGACGACACCACGGUGGACAUCGUCUUCCCCGACUGGUCCUUCUGGGGCUGGCCAGAGAUCAACAUAAAGCCAUGGGAGCCACUAAGCGAGGAGAUGAAAGAGGCGAAUGAGAGGGUGAAGUGGGAGAAAAGGAAGCCGUAUGCUUACUGGAAAGGCAAUCCGGGGGUGUCCCGGCAACGGCAGGACCUUUUGAAGUGUAACCUCUCCACUGGCCAUGACUGGAAUGCUCGUGUUUUCGCGCAGAAUUGGGAAAAAGAGACCCAGAACGGGUUCAAGGAGUCAAACCUGGCGGAGCAAUGCAUGUACAGGUACAAGAUUUUUGUGGAGGGGAGGGCAUGGUCGGUGAGCGAGAAGUACACUCUGGCCUGCGACUCGCCGGCGCUGUUCGUGACGACUCACUUCUACGACUUCAUGACGAGGGGGCUGAUUCCCGGCCGCCAUUACUGGCCCAUAAGAGAGACCGCCAAGUGCAGGUCGAUCAAGUUCGCAGUCGACUGGGGCAACAAACACCAGAAGAAGGCGCAAGCCAUGGGGAAGGAGGGCAGUAGAUUCAUUUUGGAGGAAGUGAAGAUGGACUACGUGUACCAGUACAUGUUGCACUUACUGACCGAGUACGCCAAUCUCUUGCGGUACAAGCCAACGCUCCCAGAGAAAGCCACCGACCUGUGCCUGGAAUCCGUGGCUUGUCGCGAGCAAGGGCGCGUGAAGGAGUUCUUGAUGCAGUCGAUGGUGAAGCGGACCAGUGAUUCCGAGCCCUGCGACUUGCCUCCAGCUUACACGUCGAGGGAGCUGGAAGAGCUUCGAUCGAGGAAGGCCAAGGCUGUAAAGCAAGUGGAGAAGUGGGAGCAAGAAGCCUGGCAUUAAGGGGAGGGAUUGAGCAGUCCUUUGUCCCCUUCGAUCAGCUAUAAAUUUUAUGAGCAUUAUCUAAUAGAAAUUAAUUAAUGUUAUAUAUGGAA